AUAAAUACGGCAGGUGGGCGCUGCUGGCAGAUCAGUUUCACUCGCGCCGUGGAGGAAGUGUGUGUGUAGUUCUGCCAUCCCUGUGAUACUGGUACUGAUUUUUUGUCUGUGCCUCCUGGUGAAUAUCUAUAUAUACGAAGAUGCAGGGCGGCGUUGUGUUAGUGGUACUGGCGUUGGUGGCCGGCGCGCGUCCUCAGUGUCUCUCUGAGAACGACAACCUGGACAUCCCCGCCAGCAGCGACCUCUCACCCAUCACGGACUUCGGGCUGGAGCUCUUCAAGGGGCUCUUCCCCUACAACUCCACGACCAGGAACUUCUUCUUCUCCCCCUACAGCGUAUGGAACGCCCUCACCCUCGCCUACUUCGGCUCUGGGGGCGAGACACAGCUCCAGCUGGAGGAGGCCCUGCGGGUCACCGACAAGGUCACCACCCUCAAGAACUGGAGGGCGCUAGAGUUCCUGUACCGCAUGAGGCAAGCCAACAACAGUGACUACACCUUCAACCUGGCCAACCGGGCGUUCUUUGACAAGACUGUGUCUCUGCGCACCUGUAUGGACGCCAUCCUCCAUAAUGAGCUCCAGGUUCUCGACUUCUCCCAGGCGACAGAGGCCGCCAACGAGAUCAACAACUUCGUGAGCGAGACGACGAAGGGCCGCAUCAACACCCUGGUGGAGCCCGCCGACGUGUCGCAGGCUAAGAUGGUGCUGGCCAACGCCGCCUUCUUCAAGGGCACCUGGCUCUACCAGUUCAAGCCCUCGCAGACCCGCAAGAACCUCUUCUACGCCACCCCGGAGGACUACUACUUCGUGGACAUGAUGACCCAGAAGGGCAACUUCAGACACGGAGUGUCAGAGGAACUGGGCGCGCACAUCCUGGAGCUGCCGUACACGGGCGAGGCCGUGUCCAUGUACAUCCUCCUCCCGCCCUUCAUCAGUGGAGAGAACGGCUUUAAUGCCAUGGUGGAGCGCCUCAAUGCGUCUCUCCUCCACGAGGCCUUCAACAACAUGUGGCGCAUGCAGGUCGAAGUCAUCAUCCCCAAGUUCAAGCUGGAGCAACUGAUUGAGAACGAGUUGAUGGUGGCCCUGGCUGGCAUGGGUGUUACUGACCUGUUUGACCAGAGACUUGCCAACCUCACCGCCUUCGUGCCAUCUGGCAGCCUCAGCAUCGGCAAGAGCAUUCACAAGGCCUUCGUGGAGGUGUCUGAGGAAGGGACCGAGGCAGCGGCCGCUACGGCCCUCAUCUCCUGGAGGAUUGCUCGGCCCGUCGGACCUGAGAAGUUUGAGUGUAACCAUCCGUUCCUGUUUAUCAUUUACGACAACCUUACCAAGAACGUGCUCUUCUUGGGCGCCUACAAGAACCCUAAGGCUUGAGGGUGUUAUAAUGAGAACAGUUACGUUACACGCAGGUGGUCUUACCGUGAUGUCUUCAGGACACAUUGAUGCAGCUCACCUGAGGGCGAGUUAUGCCAGAUGAAAUGUAUUACUUCAUCAAUCAUUAUUAUUAAUACUGAAGUACACAUGUACAUAAAAUUUAAGGGAUGAAGCCAAUCGUAAUAAUUUAUAUGAUAAUCUUGUUAGAGUUAUAGUACUGUUAACUCCUCGCAAAUAUGUGUGGAGGUGUUGUUCACCAGCUGGCAGUAUGCUGCAGAGCCUUGAAGACUUUCUUGUAACACUCUACCAGUUAGUUCACUACUCAAGAUGCAACAUUACCGCAACCUUACUGCAACAUAGUCAGUGUGUCUCACUGUGUGGGUGGUCAUCACUGUAGAUGCAGUGACCGUAUAUUACAGCCAGUUAACACAGUUGGCUGUACUCGUCACUGUUGCAAAUGCAGCUUUCACAAGCUAAGUGUCCAUUUCAUCCUAUUUGUAUAAUCUCAGAAGCUUUCAUUUACAAUUAACCCAUUCCUGAGAACAUUAUAAGUGUAUAAUACUCCUAGGGGUGAAGCUACAAUACUUGUUGGAUCAAAUUAUUAGACGUGCACACAAAUGUUUCACUAAACAAUUUAGUUCUUCCAAACUUGUGGAAAGACUAUAGAAUUUGACCGUUAAAUCACCAUACCUAAUACUGAUGAGAGUUACCAUAUCCCGUAUCAUGCUCACACAUGCUGUGUGUCAGAUGUGUCGUUUGCUCACACAUGCUGUGUCAGAUGUGUCAUGCUCACACAUGCUGUAUGUCAGAUGUGCCGUUUGCUCAUACAUGCUGUGUGUCAGAUGGGUCAUAUGCUGAUAGCUUUAGAUAAAAUUCAAGGAUUUAACACUGUUGAAGUUGUGUACACUGACGUCCAGCAGUGUUGUUGACGUCGUCAAGAUGACUGGUUGUGUACACUGACGUCCAGCAGUGUUGUUGACGUCGUCAAGAUGACUGGUUGUGUACACUGACGUCCAGCAGUGUUGUUGACGUCGUCAAGAUGACUGGCUGUGUACACUGACGUCCAUCAGUGUUGAUGACGUCGUCAAGAUGACUGGUUGUGUACACUGACGUCCAUCAGUGUUGAUGACGUCGUCAAGAUGACUGGCUGUGUACACUGACGUCCAGCAGUGUUGAUGACGUCGUCAAGAUGACUGGUUGUGUACACUGACGUCCAACAGUGUUGAUGACGUCGUCAAGAUGACUGGUUGUGUACACUGACGUCCAUCAGUGUUGAUGACGUCGUCAAGAUGACUGGUUGUGUACACUGACGUCCAGCAGUGUUGACGACGUCGUCAAUAUGACUGGUUGUGUACACUGACGUCCAGCAGUGUUGACGACGUCGUCAAGAUGACUGGUUGUGUACACUGACGUCCAGCAGUGUUGAUGACGUCGUCAAGAUGACUGGUUGUGUACACUGACGUCCAGCAGUGUUGACGACGUCGUCAAGAUGAUUGGUUGUGUACACUGACGUCCAGCAGUGUUGACGACGUCGUCAAGAUGACUGGUUGUGUACACUGACGUCCAGCAGUGUUCACGACGUCGUCAAGAUGACUGGUUGUGUACACUGACGUCCAGCUGUGUUCACGACGUCGUCAAGAUGACUGGUUGUGUACACUGACGUCCAGCAGUGUUCACGACGUCGUCAAGAUGACUGGUUGUGUACACUGACGUCUGGAAGUGUUGACGACGUCGUCAAGAUGACUGGUUGUGUACACUGACGUCUGGAAGUGUUGGGAAGGCGACUCAGGAAGUAUUCCAACCUCGGAGUGAUGUAAAUAUUGCAGCAACAAAUUUGCAGUAAACAUUAAUUUAUUCCAUUUACCAAAGGAGCUGAAUCAUUAGCAACCUCUAGUUAGUUAAGCUAAGUUAAAUCAGUAAGUAAAUAUAUAAUUAAUUCUU